AUGGGGUUGUGUUUGAGCAAGAGCAAGAAGAAGCCGGAUGAGGCUAGCAAUGGACACCAUGUGGAAGGAGCUCCUGAGCCCAGUUCUCCUCCGAUCUCCAAGCCUCUUGUACCCCCCGGGGCCAUCCUGGGCAGGCCCUACGAAGACGUAAAGGCUCACUACACAAUGGGGAAGGAGCUCGGAAGGGGCCAGUAUGGGGUAACCAGCGUCUGCACAGAGAAGGCCACAGGGCGCCUGUACGCUUGCAAGUCGAUCCCCAAGCGGAAGCUCCUGAAGGAGAGCGACAGGGAAGACGUGAGGAGGGAGGUCCUCAUAAUGGAGCAUCUCAGCGGGCAGCCUAACGUGGUGGAGUUCAAGGGGGCCUACGAGAGCUACGGCUGCGUGCACCUGGUGAUGGAGCUCUGCGCCGGUGGGGAGCUCUUCGAGAGGAUCAGCAGCCGCAACGCCGCCGGGAGGAGCUACUCUGAGAAGGCCGCCGCCGCCGCCUGCCGGGAGAUUGUCAACGUGGUGGACGUCUGCCACUUCAUGGGGGUGAUCCACCGCGACCUCAAGCCGGAGAAUUUCCUGCUCUCUGGGCCGGAAGAUGAUGCGGCGAUCAAGGUGGCGGACUUCGGGCUCUCCGUCUUCAUCGAGGAAGGUUGAACAUCUUCUCUCCCUCCUUCCCCAGUGCUCCACUUCCUGGUGGAUCCAUCAUCUAGCUUCUUCUGUGUGGAUAGAUAAUUUGGGAAUGCCAUUUCCGAGAGUAAGAUUCUGAUGCCGCCAUUUUCAGUUCUUGGAUCGCCAUUUUGGGAAAGAUCAGCCUAGUUUUGGUUAAAAUUGUCUCAUAAAAUAGCUUAUUGGGUUGUCUGUGGAUUAUAUCUUUGGACUUUUUCCUUCGAGCAGUUGACUAACUGAUCUCGGGUCUACUCCAUCGGCUGUUUCCCAUUUCCCGAAACAGUCGAGUAGACUAUGAGCGUGUGAAAGUUAAUUUCCAAAUAAAUUGUCCAUAUUUUUUUGAUUUUAUUCUCAGAACCCAUGUUUGAAUAUUUUGGAAAACAGCAUCCGAGAAUGGGCUUUUUUUCUAUUUCUAUUUUCAGUUUUAUUUUAUUCAAAAACUUCCACAUAUUUAGGGUUCAUUUUCUUCAUACCGAAAUAAUUAAACUAAAAAAACGAAUUAUCGAAAACAGUCAAUCAAUAAUGAAAAUUUCCAGAAAUUUGGGGUUUAUGUGAUCGGGUCUGUUCUCCUGGGUUUCACGAAAACCCUUGAAUUUUUUUUUCCCAACCUUUUAAUCCCGGGAUAAUUGUAAUUUAUUCACUUAUUUGUUGUUCUAGUUAUCCUGACACUGAGUUGUAUAGGGAAGAGAUAUAAGGAUGGGGUGGGGAGCUGCUACUACGUGGCGCCGGAGGUCCUCCGGGGGGACUACGGCAAGGAGGUGGACGUCUGGAGCGCCGGAGUUAUCCUGUACAUGCUCGUCUGCGGUCUCCCUCCUUUCUGGGCCGGUAAAUCCGCCACCGGCUUCUUCCUCCUCUCAUCAGAGGACCCACUCUCUCUUUCUCCCCGAGAUGUUUACUCACAGGGGCUGAGGUUUGCAGAGUCCGAGAGGGGGAUAUAUGAAGCCAUCAUGAGGGGCUACAUCGAUUUCGAGACCGACCCCUGGCCCUCAAUCUCAAACAGCGCCAAGGACCUGGUCAGGAAGAUGCUCACCCGAGACCCAAAGAAGCGAAUCACAGCCUCCCAAGUCCUCGGUCACUCUCUCUCUCUCUCUCUCUCUCUCUCUCUCUCACUCUCUACUCUCUCCCUCUAGUGGAUUCACUGUCGUCUGCGAACGGCCAUGCAGAGCAUCCAUGGAUAAGAGAGAACGGAGACGCCUCGGAGAAGCCGAUCGACUGCGUCGUCCUCUCAAGAAUGCAGCAGUUCACGGCGAUGAACAAGCUUAAGAAGAUGGCGCUGGCGGUGAGUCGCCGCCCGAUCCGAUCCGAUCCCCUUCCAUUUUCUGAAGCUCCCUCCGAUCCUCAUUGACCUCCCGCGGCCAGGUGAUUGCCGCCAACCUCUCAGAGGAGGACAUCCAGGGCCUGAAGCAGAUGUUCGCUGGCAUGGACACCGACAGGAGCGGGACGAUCACCCACGAGGAGCUGAAAAUGGGGUUGAUCCGCCUCGGGUCAAAGCUCCCCGACUCCGAAGUCAAACGCCUCUUGCACGCCGUCAGAAGCCGGAAACCCCCAGAAAGCUCCCUUCGUUUUUUUUUUUUUGACAGUCAGAUGUGCGUGAUCUUGCUGUUGCCCCCGCAGGCCGACCUAGAUGGCGACGGGGCGAUCGACUACCGGGAGUUCGUCGCGUCCACCAUGCACAGGCACAGGCUAGAGAGAGAGGAGCACCUCCACGAGGCCUUCCGGCACUUCGACAAGGAUAACAGCGGGUGAACAAACGAACUGAGGAAAAUGAUUGGGGAGGGGAGGGGGGUUGACUUUGAUCAUCAUCAUCAUGAGAGGCAAGGGGGAAGGAGGGUUCACUUUAAUCAUCAUCAUCGUCAUCAUGAGAGAGGCAAUGGGGAAGGAGCGGUUGACCUUAAUCAUCUUCUUCAUCAUAUCAUGAGAGAGGCAAGGGGCAAGGAGGGGCUGACUUUAAUCAUCCUUCGUCGUUAUCAUCAUCAUCUUGAGAGCAGCAAGGGGUAAAGGAGGGGUUGACUUUUAUCACCUUCAUCGUUAUCAUCAUCAUCAUCUUAAGAGCAGCAAGGGGGAAGGAGUGGGUUGACUUUGAUCAUCAUCAUCAUGAGAGAGGCUCAUAAUCUUGUUGAUCAGGUUCAUCACGCGAGAGGAACUCGAAUCGGCACUCCGGGAGGAUGGAAUGGGAGUCACGGAGUCCAUUGACGAGAUCAUGUCUGAGGUCGAUAUAAACAAUGUACGUCUCUUCUUCUUUAACUUUCUUCGGAAAUAAUAGUUUCCAACGUCAUAAAGAAAAAAAUCUCGAUUACUAUUACUAUUCGUAUAAUUAUUUUCAAAGUGAAUGUUGACUUUCAGGACGGGAAGAUCAAUUAUGAGGAGUUCUGUGCCAUGAUGAGAUCUCGAGUAGAGAGCACAUUUCGGCGUCCUGAGCCCUAA